CUCGUCCAAGGUAACGUUCUCCCUUUCCGACUGACUUUAAUUCUUCACUCGCCCAUAAAAAAAAGUACUAAAUGUUUUUUCCUCGCUGGUUUGGACUGUGCUCCCAGUGUAGCCGGAUAGUUUUACCCACUGGCUUAGCGUGGAGACAUAGGAAGGGACGCAGCAGGCUAAUAUAUUCCACCUGGGGCACCAUAGCUCCAAAACGACUAUCCCAUUCUGAUCCAGUUGAUUUAUACAACAACAUCUCGGUUCAGAUGUAUUUGCAGAAAAUGAUUGAGGAACAUGGAGUAAUUAGCAGAAAGUUACACCACGAACAUGUGAGUGAUUCAGACAGGAAAGCCCUGCAGAAGAAGCACUCAGAGCUGCUGCCUCUUGUUGAGUUGUUUGGCAGCAUUGGACAAGCCCACAAAGACUUGGAAGAAGUCCUUUCCCUGCUACACACUGAUCCUACAUGUGAAGAUAAGCACCUGAUCCAGCUGCUCAAAGAGGAGGAGGCACAGAUCUGCAGCAACAUUGUGGCCUUAAAAAAACAUCUGAUCGAAGCUCUGGUGCCUGCUGACCCUCUUGAUUCAAGUGAUGUUGUGCUUGAGGUCGUUUCAGGACGAACGACAGGAGGUGACAUCUGCCAGCAGUUCACCAGGGAAAUGUUUGACAUGUACCGAGGCUUUGCCUUUUUCAAGAACUGGGACUUUGAGGUUCUCAACUAUUCAGCUGCAGACUACGGUGGACUGCACCAUGCAGCAAUCAGGAUAGCUGGGGAGAAAGUCUACAGACACCUGAAACAUGAAGGAGGAACGCACAGGGUGCAAAGGAUCCCUGAGGUCGGCCUGUCAUCCAGGAUGCAGCGCAUCCACACAGGAACAAUGACAGUCAUCAUCUUGCCGCAGCCAGCCGAGUUUGACGUCCACAUCGACCCAAAGGAUCUGCGAAUUGACACAUUCAGAUCACGAGGACCUGGGGGUCAGGGUGUUAACACCACGGACAGCGCCGUGCGGAUAGUUCAUCUUCCCACAGGAAUAAUAUCUGAGUGCCAGCAGACUCGAUCGCAGUUGCAGAAUAGAGACACAGCCAUGCGAGUACUGAGGGCCAGGCUCUACCAGAGCAUGAUCGGUAAAGAGACAGAGCAGAGACUCUCCGCACGGAAGCAGCAGGUGGGCACACGCAGCCAGGCAGAGAGGAUUCGCACCUACAACUUCAGUCAGGAUCGGGUCACCGACCACCGGACAGGAUACACUGCCAGAGACAUCAAGGAGUUCAUGAAAGGAGGCAAAGAGCUGGAAGAGUUGAUCUUAGACCUACUGGAACGCUCUGAGCAGGAGGCUCUCCUGGAGCUGGUGGAGACUAGUGUGCGUGCUUCAGGACGGCCAGCAGACUGAUGGAAACAUCUCUCCAUCCCAUUACGACAUCCAUGCUGCUAUUGUUGUGCAAUCGUCUUUUUUAUUUAUUCAAUAAAGCAGAGCUUUCUAACCCUGACUGUAGAUGAAUAA